GAUGUCAGCCACUUUCUGACUCAUACUGGGCUGAAAAUUAGCCUAGCAGACAUCCUGUUGACGAGCAGGAACCUGAACCAGAACACAGAAAGCCCAAUGCCUUGCUGUUAACAAAGGGGACACCUUGUUUGGGUUCCUCCCCCGCUAGGAGGGGUUGCAUUAGCUCAGGAGUUGCUCGGUUGUUUCUUCUGGGAGGAGAGAACAGAUCUGAGGUCCCAGCAGGCUGAUGGCUGGGGAGACGAAAGAGCCUUGAUUAUAGCAGUCUAUAAACUACUGGAAGCAGGGAAAAUGGCCUUGCAGCCACCUCUGCUGCCACCCCCACUUGCUCUCCGGAGCCCCAGGACUUCCCAGUAUAUCUAUCAGCUUCCUUCUUGGGUGCUGGAGGACUUCUGCUACAAGAUGGACAGCCUGAAUGAAUGGGACUGGAUGCAAUUUGCCUCUUAUGUGAUGACAGACCAGACCCAGCUGAGGAAGAUCAAGUCCAUGGAGAGAAUCCAAGGUAUCAGCAUCACUCGAGAGCUGCUGUGGUGGUGGGGGAUGAGGCAGGCCACAGUGCAGCAGCUCCUGGACCUCCUGUACCGACUCCAGCUCUACCGAGCAGCCCAAGUCAUCCUGGACUGGGGUGCCAAUCCUGAAAUUGCCAGUACUUCUCAUGCUCUUCCUGACUCCCUGGGCCCUGGGAGGUCCCCUCUGUCUUCAGCAAGAAAACCAGAGGAAAUCCAGGAACACAGCCCUACAAGAUCCUCAGCACUGACCCCCUUCUCUAGCUCAGGGCCAUGUCCAAGUGGAUCCUCAAACCAAGCCCUACAUCUGCCUUUCACUGAAGAGGACCUCUAUCAUUCCUUAAAAACUAAUCCUUCUACUUCAUCAGAUACGAAGAGUUGCCACGUCUACAUUCCUCAGCAAAAACCACUUGUGAGUCUAAAUGGUGAGAGCCUUUACUGGACAGAAAUGGAGGUGAUCAAGGCCACCAAUGGAUUUAGCCAAGAUAACAAAAUCAGCAAAGGGAGUUUUGCUGAUGUCUAUAAAGGGCAACGACACAACAUGCUGUAUGCCUUUAAGAAGCUUCAAAAGACCAAGUGCCCAAGAGAUGUAUCCAUUGAGAGUUUCUUCCACAUGGAAGUCCAGAUUUGUCUUAGGUGUUCCCAUCAAAACAUCUUACCCUUGCUUGGCUUUUGUACUGGGGAAGCGUUUCACUGCCUGAUACAUCCCUACAUGCCCAAUGGCUCCGUUGAGGACAGACUCCGGUGCCAAGACAAUACUGAUCCCCUGACCUGGGAACAGCGGAUUAGCAUUUCCUUAGGAUUUCUUGGAGCCAUAGAAUACUUACAUGGUCUCAAGAUUAUUCAUGGCAAUAUCAAAAGCUCCAAUAUUCUGUUGGAAAGAAACUUCACCCCGAAAGUUGGACACCCAAGGGUUCGAUUAUCCUCUGAUGAUAAAAAAUCCUCCUAUACCAUGAUGAACACCCAGCUUUUCCAGGCCUUGGCUGCAUAUGUUCCAGAAGAUUUCAUCAGAGUCGGGCAGCUCACAGAAAGAGUUGACAUCUUUAGCUGUGGAAUAGUGUUAGCAGAGAUUCUGACUGGUAUUCCAGCGAUGGAUAAAGAGAGAACUCCAGUUUAUCUGAAGGACCUACUUAUCAGUGAGAUCCCAAGCACUAAAGCCCCACCGUGCUCCAAGAACAAGUGUGUGGAGCAGCUAGCUGCAGAGGAGAUCUGCCAGAAAUACCAGGAUGCCAAAGCUGGGCACCUUCCAGAGAACUGUGCUGUAGACUUUGCCACAGCUGUCUACCUCUGCCUGCAGAAAAAACCCCCCAACCUGACCCAGGUGCGUGCUACUGUGGCAGAGUUAGAUGGACAGAUCAGAAAUCAUCAGAGUCUCCUCAACCCUGGAAGCAACUUGGAAUUGAAGAGGGCAUCAGUGAACACACCAGAAGAAACCGAUGACGUUGACCAUCUUAGCACAGAAGUUCCUUCUUCAGAUGACCAUGACAAGAAUGGACUCUGGGCAGGGGCAGGAUCCUCAUCACCCCAACAAGGGUACAGGGAAGGAAGGUAUCUGACCAAUGGGGCAGAGGCUGAUUCUUCAAUGUGUCCUGGUCCUUCACAUCCUCAAGAUGCAACAGAAGAUUCUUGGGAAGUUGAAGUCAAUGAUGCCAAGAAGAAAUUGAUGGAAAAUAUUUUGCUCUAUGAAGAAGAAAAGUUAAACAGUGAGGAGCUAUUUGGAUCUUUUAAGCCAUAAAUUAGGUGGAGGAAAUACCUAACUAACAUGGGAAAAAUGAAGUCAAAGCAAGAGACAAGAUGGAAACUUACCAGUUCUUUGUGGAUAAAGACUUUCAGAUCAUAAGAGUGGAUGAGAUAAAGCCUCUACUUUUAUAGACAUAAAAAUCUACCUGAUCUAUUAGCCUUCCACAAUCUGAAGUCUGAGCUUUGAGCUUCAGACCUGAGAUAAAGGAAAUAAAUACUUGAAGGAGCCCUAGAAAGGAGAAGGAAACUAUGAAAUACAUUAUCAAGCCUUUGGAAUAGUUCUCUGUAUGAAAGAACACUGUUCAGUUCACUGAGUUUGACUGUCACCAAGCAGUAUGCCUCUUGGUGAGUCAGAAGUCCAGAGUUUAUCUUGGAAGCCUCAAAAACAGCCCUGAACUUGAUCUAAAGAGACUUCCUCGAGCACUUGAGCAGAACAACUGACUGAGCAUCCCCCUGAUUUUGGAACAUUCAGGACUCGCUGAACUUUGCAUUCAAGCUAGGCAAAACCAAUCAUACUGCCUUUUAAGUUUGUGUUAGAAUUCAGACACUGGCCCUGGUCAGCAAGACACCUGAUCCCAUGUGCAUGGGAGGUGUGAACACUUCAGGCAAUUAGGGGCAGUAUUACAUUAAAGGUGUGAACACUUUAGCCCCUCAUAUUAAUUGAGAGAUGUGAACACUUUAGGGCUCCACCUAUUAUAUAGGAGGUGUCUACACUUUAACUCCCCUCCUAUCACAUGGGAGGUGUGAACAGUUUAGAGCCCAGUCUCUUUUGCUGAAAAUGAACCAAAUAUUUAUCAUUUGCCAUUAGCUUUACUUGUACAACCGUAUUAUCCCUCUACCUCUGCCCUCAAGGGACAUCAGUGGUACAAAGGAAGGAAAAUGCAUUUUCCUUUCUUUUUCUAAGCUACACAUUCUAAUAAAGAAUUUUUAUUUUGAGAAUAAUAUUUGUUGUUCAGAUUUAGUCAGAGGCCCUGGGUUUGAGGGCUAGCUCUUACUACGUAAGGACCUUAAAGAAGUCACUGACUCUAUCCUGAGUCUCAGUUUCUUUAUUUGAAAAAUGAAGGAGUGAGAGUUGCUACUUUCUAAGGUCUUGUCCAAAUCUGGCAUCCUAGGAUUCUAAUUUAUUGUUUUUAGCAACAUUUUGAUACAGAAGACCCUGAGAGGCAAUGGGGUGUGGUGGAGAGGGGGCUAACCUUGAAAUCAGGAAGGUCUUAUCUCAUUCAAGUCAGGCCCCUGACACAGAUGAGCUGUUGACCACAAGGAAACCAUUUAACUUCUCAGCACCCUAAAUAUUUCUCUAAGACAGUGGUCUCCAAGUUGUUUUGAUUACAUACCCCUGUCAGCAAAAAUUUUUGAGCUCCUCCGUAUAUUUGUAUUUAUUUAUAAAUUGCAUACAUGUAUAACUGUUAUUAUAUUAUGUGGAGUAUAAAAUAUAUACUAACAUGACACAGAAAGAGAGGGUUGUACAUGAAAUGGUGAAUCUCUAUUAUAUAGAGCUUGCUUUUCCUUCUAAGGCUAUAAUAAAUCCAACAUGUAGCUUUCAAAGAUGUCCUCCUUGUCUACAUUCCUUUUGGCCUUACUUAUGUUCUUUUCUAUGCAUUCUUCAACAA